AUGCUCUCAGGGCUGUUCGCGUUGGCUGUCAAGUCUGCUAGCAGGUUUACACCUUUACAAUGGCUCUUUACGCUGCUAGACGUGCUUGGCGCCAUCUUUCUAGCAAUCACAGAAGCUAGACGCGCUGCAUGGCGGAACAAGUACAGUCGAAUACGAGGUGCUCGUGAGGUCGAGCUCAACGUGCAAGCCUAUGAGAGGCAAAAAGCCAACAAGGACGGCGAUGCCGAGAAAGCAACCACGAACAGCAGCAAUAGCAUCGAUGGAGAAGAUCGCAGGGCAAAAGUGGCAGCGCUCUAUCUGUUCAACCCGCUCGUCUUAGCCACAAGCCUGGCAAUGUCUUCGACAACCAUAUACAACACUCUCACUUGUUUUGUGACGAUGCUAGCAACGUCAAUCUCAUACCUGGCGUCUCGCAGGAGUCAGCUGAACGGGGGCGCAGGAAACAGUGUGUUGAUAUUCCUUCUCACUUUUCUCUUCGCUGCUGCCCUGUCCGCCAAUGCAGUCGUCUCGCUAUACCCCAUCAUCAUUGCACCAGCGCUCGUCAUGCUGGCUGCCAGAUGUGUACCGUCAUUGACACAGCACACAAGUCCACGCCUGACAUUCCGGCUGGUUUCUCUCACGGCGCUGCUGACAUUCGGCGGAAUGUACCUAUCUCUUGGGCCUCUCUCCAACGGAAAUGUUGCCGGCGUGUUGCGGCAAGUCUACCUGCACCUCUUCAUCGUAUCCGACUUGACCCCCAACAUCGGGCUGUGGUGGUACUUUUUUAUCGAGAUUUUCGACCAUUUUCGCAACUUUUUCUUGCUUGCGUUCAACGUCCAUCUCGCCAGCUACUGUGCGCCGCUGUGCAUCAAAUACACCUACGAUCCUCUCUUUGCUGUCACUGUCCUGUCCGGCAUCACGGCUGUGUUCAAGUCGUACCCGACACUUGGGGAUACGGCCCUUUACUUCGCCCUCCUGUCGUUACAUCCCGAGAUUUUCCCAUACCUCCGCUAUCCAACGGUGACGACGCUUCUCUACACGUAUUCGCUUCUUCUUCUCCCGCUCUUUCACCACCUAUGGUUGCACGCUGGAUCGGGAAAUGCCAACUUCUUCUACGCGAUCACGCUCGUCUUUGUGCUCGCAGGAGGAUCGAGCGUGUUGGAUGCCAUGUGGGCCUGGGGCGCGCUUGCAUGGGAGCGAGAGCGGCCACUGGCGCCGCCACCAUCCGCAGUGGAGGGUCAAGCAGACAGCAAACGCGUGGUCACGCAGGUAUAA